CGAGACCGUCUGACAGUAGGUAGACAGACUGAAUCUCCAUGAACUUCAAGAAGAAGCUCCUCCUCGCCGGACUAGCAAUCGGUAUCUCGACGUACAUGUUGUACAAGGCAAGCAAGAAGCGUGAAAAGGAGCGACAACAGCAGAGGAUUCAACAGGGUAGUAGUGGAAGUGGCGGUCACAAUUAUGCUGCGAUGGGAGCGGGUGCAGCUGCUGUGGGAGCUGCGGGGUAUGCAGCUCAUCAGUAUCAUCAGAGUCAUCAGGCUGUAGCCCCGCCUCCCGAGGACACUGGAAGUACCACUUGGUCCGAUCUGAGGGACUGGAAAGUCAUCGCGCGUCUGCUUGCAGCCUGUGUAGCAGACCAAUACCUCUAUGCGUGGUAUGACUGGAACAAGAUCCAGCACAUUGCCCAAGUCAUUGCUGGCAAUGGUGCUCUCGCUGAAAUUGCCGAAGCUUGGGAGAUGCCACCUUUUCUGGCGCAAGAUCUCGUCAAGCUAGCCCUCUUCGAUGUCAUGUUCUUGCUGGAUGACUCGGCUUCGAUGCGCAGCGAAGGGACAUACAGGCGAGACUCUCUGAAGCAGAUUGUCAAGAGAGCCGCUGAUGCCAGCUGCAGACUUGACCCUGACGGCCUCGAGGUAGCUUGGAUGAACACGGACCUGCCACCGCAAAUGUCUACUUUGCGUUCCGCCCAAGAUGCAGUACGCCUGGUUGAGAAUUGCCGUUUCGACGGACGUGCGACUCCUCUUGGCGACUCCUUUGAGCGGAAGCUGCUCCGCCCGAACUUGUAUGACCCCAUCAGUCGGGGGUACCUCAAGAAGCCUAUUCUCGCAUUGAUCAUCGGCGACGGCCGUCCCACCGGAUCCACCGAAAAGGGAGAACGAAUCGUGCAGGUCAUUCUGCAAGCGCGAGAUCGAUUGAGGAAUUCGCAGUGGGGCGAAGAUGCCCUGAGUGUGACCAUUGCAGCAGUGGGCAAUGAUCGCGAAGCUCAAGAGUGGUUAGACUCGAUUGACUCUCACCCAGUCAUCGGUGACCUCGUCGAUGUAGUCUCUGACAUCCGCAUCGAGGCUGCUCAGGUCAAGCGGUCUACUGGUCUCGAGCUUACUCCGGACUUGCACUGCCUCAAGAUGCUGCUCGGCUCGAUCGACAGCACGUAUGACGCUAGUGACGAAGGAUCCAUGCAGAGCUCAAAGUACUCUAGGAAGCGAAGGGAGAAGGAGGAGAAGGACAGACGGUUUGCUGGUUUGAAGGCUCGUCUGGUGGCAGAUCGAGAUGCUGCUCUGAAUGGCCCUCAGGGAUAUGGGCAGCAGCAGGGUGGUGCUCCAUACGGUAAUGCGCCAUACCCGCCACAGCAGCAGCAGCAGAACCCAUACCAGGCCUACGGUGUACCACCAUCGGGCCCUUAUGGAGCUCCACCUGCCUACGGAGGCAAUCGUGAUGCAAGCGGCGGAGGUGGCGGCGGGUAUCCCCAACCAGGCCCAGGCGGCUAUGGCGGAUCUGCAGGUUCGCACAACCGUAACACCAGUACUGGAAGUAAUUCUGCUUAUGAUCCAGGCGUGGGAGGAUUCUCCUUGCCACCCGGCGGCGGAGGUGGUGGUGCGCCAGGAUACGGCCCUUCUGGUUACGGCCCAUCAGGCUACGGCCAGUCUGGUUAUCCUGGCGGGGGACAGGGCGAGAAAGGUCAGGGAGGCUUCCCAAUGCCAUUCCCUGGUGGUCGCUGAGUGCUUUUUACUCCUACUUGGAUGCGUAAGCUCGCCGCAAAUAAUGGCUUUCCCCCUUUUGGACGACUGUAUGUAGCCUCUCUCUCGGGCUGAUGACCCUAGUACCCGUGUGCUCAUGUACCUUACGAAUGUACCUCGUCUGACGAAUUCUGUAUGCAUGUCGAUUUUACAAAAGCA